UAUGAGAGUCCAAUUUUCUACGACUUGUAGUAGGACUGAGGUGACCUAACAACAGUGAUGUUGAGAGCUAGAGAAUGUAAAAGACAUAUUCUAAUUGUUUGUCUGGUUUUAGUUACAAAACAAAAAAAAUUCAAAAUCAUUUACAAAAGAGUUGAAAGUAACCAACAGGUGUCCAGCGAAAUAAGCGAAGGUGAAAAUGCCAACGGCAGUGAACAGCGUGCAACAGACAGUGAAAAAGCGGUGGCUAAAAUCGAAUACGUGACUAAGCCACCUCAUCGCAGGUUUGCAACAGUGCCAUCAUAUACUGAGUUUGGUCCUGAGGUUGCUUACACACCAUCAAUUUAUGUUCACGUCAAAAAACGUAACAAAGCAAAUUUGCAACGUUCCAACGUUCAACCUGUAUCUGCAGAGCUUAAAGAUAACAGUGCCUACGGUGACUCAGUGGAUAUUGAUUUACUUGAUACUAUCAAUAAUAAAAGAACGCGAAAAAAAGGCAACGAAAACGAAUUAAAAUUUAUCCAACACCGUCCAGCUGCUAGACAACAGAAAGAAAUAUAUAUCAAUAGCCAAAAUGAGGAGAUAUCUGCUGUAUCAAACGAAAAUGUUAAACAAAACGAUCGUUUGGAAGUUGAUCAUCAUCAACUAAAAAUUUAUAUAAAUAAUGAUGAAAUUCAUAAACUUAGUGGUAUGAAACCACAAGAAAUACACAAGAAAUUGUCUAUGACGUUUGACAAUGAAUGGGAUGGAAAACAGAAUACUCAGAAAUUAGGUUUACAGCUACCAUCAUCACUAACUGGAGACGUCCUGUAAUUUUUGAGUUGAUUGAAUGCCACGAUGUCUUACUACCUAUACAUAGGGCGUACUAUUUGUUUUCGGAACUAGUAAGUAAUACGAUUUUCUACGACUUUAAGUGUAAUGCA